AUGACCACCCCCAACCACAUCGACACCUAUACUCUACAGUCUCUACUCAAAUCCACUCCAACCUGGCUCAUCAAACUCAAAACAGCUUAUUCCCAACCUACGAGAUAUUAUCAUACCCUCACGCACAUCAACGACCUCCUACAGCUUCUAUCCGAACACAGAGAUGAAUUGGAUAACCCUAGAUGCGUAGAGUUGGCUAUAUUGUUCCAUGACAUCGUGUAUGACCCAACAACGACAGAAGUUGGCUCUAACGAACGAAAGUCCAACGAUGUUUUCUUGGAGGAUGCCUUUGACCCAACUGUAUCCGAGGCUCUCAGGCUCGACGAGCGGGAGAUAUCCCGCGUAUCGUCCAUGAUCCUCGCUACCAUCCACCACCAACCUAUUUCGUCGCUUGUCCAUGACACGGGUGCACUGGACGACCUCAAGUUUUUCUUGGAUAUCGAUACGUCGAUCUUAGCCGCGGAAGAGACUAAAUACGAUGCGUAUGCAGCGGCUAUCCGGAACGAGUACGCCCAUUACCCCGAGUCGGCGUAUUGUUCCGGGAGAAGGAAGGUGUUGAACGAUUUUUUACAGAGGGAGAGGAUAUACUUCAGUAAUGCGUUUAAGGGGAGUGGGAUGGAGGAACGGGCAAGGUCGAAUAUCUGUCGAGAGAUCGGAAGGCUGCAGGCAUCAGAGGGAUCUUCGUGA